CCCUUCCCAGGUAUAGACCGAGAUAUUGUUGCGGUAAAGUCGAACAAUCUGUAAUGAUAUGCGGAGAUAUUCAACCCUUAACCUCAGUAAAAUUAGAAAAAUGGCUUCUAAAAGAAACGCCCGUUCCGUUUACCCAUAUACGCAAAGAUAUAGGAUUGGGUUACGGCUUCAUUCACUUUAACAAUAUAAUUCUAUCAAGCAAAUUUUUUAACUGGGCCAAAGAUCGAAAACUUCAAUUUUCAUCGAGAAAUAUAAGAUUUUUGCCUUCAUUUUAUUUUGGUACAAGAAGGAGAGUAAAUUACUUGACACCAGAGAGUAUCAAUAAUAUAAUUUCCAAAAACAUCGUCCGCGAUAACACUGCCACAAUUAUCGAUCCUGUUGAUCGUAAUGAUUUUGAACUUCGUGAGAAAGACCAGGACAUUCGUGACCGUGAUCGUGACCGUGACGUUCUUGACUGUGAUCGUGACCGUGACGUUCUUGACUGUGAUCGCGACCGUGAUCGUGACCGUGACGUUCUUGACUGUGAUCGCGACCGUGAUCGUGACCAUGACGUUCUUGACUGUGAACGAGACCGUGAAAGAGAUCGGGACAUUCAUGGCUAUAAACGAGACUGCCCGGCAACAGUUCUCGCAGACUUUGCUGAGGAGAUCGAAAAUUCCUCAUAUGACAUUUUACUAAAGUAUAAUAUUGAUAUAGAAAGCAUUCCGCAGGAGCACGCAUUACAAAACAUCAAGUGGUGCAAUAUCGUUUGA